CGGUGCGCGCGGUUACGGGCAGGUUUGGGGUCAGGGACGUGUAACUAACAUUUUAGAGUAAACACUCAGUAAUUAGGUGCUGAAGAGAGUAGACGUGCAUCGAAGUAGAAAUGAGUUCACAAAUUCGACAAAACUUCCACCAAGACUGUGAGGCUGCAGUGAACAGACAGAUAAACCUGGAGCUGUACGCCUCUUAUGUUUAUCUUUCUAUGGCCUACUAUUUCGACAGGGAUGAUAAAAGCCUGCCGAAUUUUGCCAAGUUCUUUAAUGCACAGUCCAAAGAGGAGCGUGAGCAUGCAGAGAAGCUGAUGAGUCUGCAGAACAAACGUGGAGGCAGGAUCUUUCUCCAGGACAUCAAGAAACCUGAUCGAGAUGAGUGGGGGAGCAGCCUGGAGGCUUUGGAGUGUGCCUUACAGCUGGAGAAAAGUGUAAACCAGUCCCUGCUGGACCUGCAGAAACUGGCAGCUGAUCACAACGAUCCUCAUAUGUGUGACUUCAUCGACACACAUUUCCUGGAUGAGCAGGUGAAAUCCAUCAAGCAGCUGGCAGACUGGAUCUCAAACCUGCGCCGUUUGGGAGCGCCUCAGAAUGGCAUGGCCGAGUACCUGUUUGACAAACACACCAUGGGCCCGGAGAGCAGUUAAACUGAGCUGCAGCAGAUCUGCUGCUUCUGCAACACUUGAAUGCAUAUAAAUAGUGUUGCUUCAUUUGCAAAAUUGUCUCCCCCACAAAAAAAUGUAUUUAGAACUCUUUAACUGACAUUACAGCUGUUGUGUUUGCAAAUUUUAUCUGUAUUUUACUGAUAUUGGUAGGGUAAACUCAGUCAGGGGUUAGGUAAAUAUGUGCUGCUCUUUAAGGAUCAAGUUUGAGGACACGGGACAAUGCCACAAAAAACGUUCAAAGAGUUUCACAUUUCUGGUUUUUACUUUACAAGGAAAAAUGUAUUUGUUAAUCCAGUAUGGUUUAUUURAGUGCAAAAUUCUGUUCACAUUAUAGCCAUAGAUAAAACGAUUACAUGAAUUAUAAGCCAACAAAAAAUAGAAACACAGCCAAAGACACCACACUCUUUUGUUUUUGCUUUUUUUGUCAUUUAUUUUAUAUCUAUCCAUCCAUCCCUCCUUCAUCUGCCGCUUGUUCUGAAGUCGGGUUGUGUGGCAGUAGUUUGAGCAGGUGUGACCAGACAUCUCUCUCUUCUGGAAAGGAUUCCAAAAUGUUUCCAAACCAGCCAAUAGUCGUGGUCCUUCCAUCGUGUCUUCUCCCAGUUAGAUCUGCCCGAGGGAGGCAUACAAGGGACUUCCUUACAGAUAUCUCAGUCACCUCAACAGGCUCAUCAACGUGGAGGAGCAGCGRCUCUACUAAAAGSUUCUCCAAAAUAGCUAAACUUUUCACCCCAUCUCCAAGGAAGAGUCCAACUUGUWCACAUUUUACUUCUAAAUAAAGUUGAGUAUUUAUUUAUUUAGCUAUUUAUUUAGUUUAAGCUAAACUUCAGCAUCCUUUACAUUUUUUUUAAGUUUUGUACCUUAUAUUCACAUGAAAUAAAGCAAUUAAUAAAGACACAUUGGUAAAAAGAAUCAUUGAAAUAUGACAUUUAAAUGAGGUUUUAUUUUGUUGUAAUUUUUUUGAUAAUUGAUCGUUUUUCCUGUAGAUGCUUUAUUAAUAUUUGUAAUUUUGAUUGAAUCAAAAUGUAUACACUGUAUGCUAUGAGAAAAUAAAGCAAUAGUGUGCA